UUCAUGUUUUGCUAGCUUAAGUCAAAAAAAAAAAAGUUAGUGGAGUGAACUGAACUUACAACUUGUAAAAAAUGCCACGUUCAUUUCUGGUGAAGAGGAAACAGGCGGCGGGUGCUGGAUGGCAGUGGAAAGAAUCUGACACCUGCAUUGAUCCAGACACAGAAGCAGAUGUACAGACACCCACUGAUGAUGUACUGGAAUCAGUGCCUGACACCCCACAGCCUGUCCAAAAACCCCCACCUGUUGCUCUGGAAGCCGUUCGUGUCUCUCGCUCUGUGGAUUAUGGGAUGGAGAGAAUCCAACAACAUCAAUCGCUGCAUCAGAGUUCUCGUCCUUCAUCUGCAUUAGCGAACCCAACACAGCACAAAGUUCGGGAAUCCAGUGGAUCCUCAGAGUUUUUGUGCUCCGUGUGUCAUAAAAUGUUUCCUCUACAGCGCAUGCUUACUCGUCACCUGAAGUGUCACAGUCUGAUUAAGCGACACCCGUGCAGGUACUGCGGUAAAGGCUUCAACGACACAUUUGACCUGAAGAGACACAUGCGGACACACACAGGUAUUCGUCCGUACAGGUGUGAUCUGUGUGAUAAAGCGUUCACGCAGAGAUGCUCGCUGGAGUCGCACCUGCGCAAGAUCCACGGCGUGCGUCAGCAGUACGCCUACCGCCAGCGACGCUCCAAGAUCUUCGUGUGCGAGGACUGCGGCUUCACUUCCAGCCGACCGGACGAGUAUUUCCUGCACGUGAGACAGCAGCACCCGAGCAGCCCGGCGCUUCGCCGCUACUACCGGAAACACGUGCUCGAGAGUCCCGCUCAGCACACCAUUGCCCCCUUCAUGCUGUACCCGCCGGCGGGUAUUUACAUGUGAGCGCAACUGAUGACUGUCAA